CCCCACUCGGCCCUCCAACCUUCCAUUUCCCCCACCUCCUUUUUUUCUCUCACGCUUUUCGUCGAACACUUUCCUUUCAUUGCUUCAAUCCCUUCCCCCAAUCCUCGCCUUCUCUGUGGGAACAAAAACUCAGACCUCCACACUCCAUCAUCAUCGCCGCACUCUUCACUCGACUCACUCUGCUCACUCUCGUUGGUGUUCUCAAUUGGGAAUUUUGGGAUAGCUGUUUGAGGAAUUCAAGGAGUGUUCUUGAGCCGAGAUUGUGCUGUUCGUGAUGGCGGAAAGGAAGUUGAACUUCAAUGCUCCUCUUCUAUCCGUGAGGCGAUUCUCUUCCCCAGUAAGAACUUCAGAAGCUAGGGGAGACGUGAAAGCCGAAGAUUCCAAGCUCGACAGGCGCUACUCCCUUCCUACACAGAACACAGACUCCAGUUUGGAGCAAGUUACGGAGCCCGUCGCAGUUCCGUUCAAUUGGGAACAAAUCCCCGGCAGGAGAAAGGACAGUGGCGGCCACGGCGUAGCUGAGCCACGUGUCCGUGAAGCGAAUUAUGCUUCUCCGAGGUUUCCUAUCAAAUGGGUUCCCGGUAUUGUGAAGAAUCACGAGGACAAGAAACUUAAAGUUCAUACCCCUGCAACUGUAACUACCCAGUUGAAAUCCAGUUCAUUAGACCACAAAGUGACUGGGGCGACGGAGACCGUCUCCAAAGGAGCUAAUGGGAAUGGAGAUAAUGAUGACGAGAAUGAAGAUGACAGGUACUCUGAUGCACUCGAAUCCUUAUCUGCUGCAGAUUCCUGUUCCAUGAAAUGCAGCGUAAGUGGGAUUAGCAGCUCCGAUUGGCCGGUUGUUAAGCCAUCGGGGACUUUCUCAACGGACCCACAAACCCGAGAUUUCAUGAUGAGUCGGUUCUUGCCUGCUGCCAAGGCAAUGGCUUUGGAGCAACCUCAGUAUGCCACGAAGAAGCAACCUGCGCCAGUGGUUGAGCAACCGAGGCAGAUUGUCAUAAAGCAAGUUCGCAGGGAUAAGUCACCCACCGUUGCCCGUUACGAAUCUGCUCUAGUUCCAUAUUACCCGAAGGAUGUAGAAGAGCCGGAAGAAGGUGAAGAAGAAUGCGAUGAAUAUGAUCAAGAGUCUGUGAAUAUAACAAGUAAAGCUUGUGGGUUUUUCCCUCGCUUAUGCUUUAAGAAUUCAGUCUGCCUCUUGAAUCCUGUUCCUGGGAUGAAAGUUAAAAGCUUGCCUUCCUUCUCUUGCUCCACUGGAAAACCCAAGAAGCCUAGUAGUAAAGCACCUAGUCGUUCUAGCAGCCCAAGUUCCAAAAAGGCUUCUAAGGAGAAUUCUCGUGAACUGAAGCAACGAAGUGGAACUCAAUCGCCUAGGUUCAGUGGUUCCGAGAGUUUCAAUUAUGCAAGCGACAAGCAAAUGACUGGAAGGAUAUCUCCGUUCAGUCGACGUUCGGGGCCAUUAUCCCCUUACCGCAGUGCUCCACAGUCACCAUUCCGAGGAACUGGGCCUCGUGGACUAUCCAAAGAAGCUGAAAUGUUCAAGUCCAGCAAGCCUUAUUUGUAUUGCAAAGGUGGUAGCAAGUCACAGGAAUUGACGCCGGUUCAUCUCAUUAAGCAAGGUAAUAACAACCAUCUGAAGACACUGUAUAUGGAUACUGUAAAUUCGGCUAAAGCAUCGCGUCCAAGUUCUGGAAAGGAGCUCGUGCUAGUUCCAAAAAGCAGGGAGUUGGGGAAACUUGGAAGAACAGAAUCUUCUUUGAAGGCUGCUGCUGCCAAACCCAAUUCUCCACUGGACCAGUUAUGUGCAGAUUCUAAGGCGUUGGUGUGUGUAAGUGGAAAUGAUUCAGGAACUGAUCCACUGCCUCCUCUUCUGCCUAAAACGCCAUCGGAGUCAUGGCUUUGGCGCACUCUGCCUGGGGUCUCGUCCAGAAGUCCUUUCGGUCGUGCUACUAGCUCCCAGAGCAAGUGGAUUGAUUCCAAGACGACGAGCAGCAAGUGGGAGACUAUGGUGAAAUCAUCUUAUGUGCAUCACGAUCAGGUCCGCUAUUCUGAGGAAUUGAAACCAUAUCCUGUCCAGCAUCUGAAAAGCUAGAGAGACGCUGAAGAACUUGCUCCCUGAAUCUUCUUACCUGAAAUCCAUGGUCAAAACCUAUUCGAGCCCAUUUUUUUAUGGCAUAAAUAGAGUUUUGUAAUUGCAGAGUGGAUGGCUACUCUGUUAUGGAUUCCUCCAACGAUUGGUUCGACAUAUCAUCCAGUAUGGUCGCAUGUUAAGUGUGUUUUUGUGUAAAAUCCUGCAGCCACCUUGACUCAUAGGGUGAGGCAAACUAUAUAGUAUACAAGUGCAGCACCUUGUAGAUUGAUUGAUGCCCUGUAGAUUCAUUCAUUCGAUGUAUCACCCGAAAGAAAGCAGCAUCCUUUCAUCAUGACAUGAAAUGGAGAACAAAUUAGUACAGCAUUGUUGAGAUACACGGCUUUUCAAUGAAUUUGACAUUGUUUUUGCCUUUUUCUGCUGUGGGUUUGAGCUUAUAUCACUCCAAGACUGUGUCACCUGCUGUGGAGGGUGUAUGUGUCUUAUGCUUAGUUAGAUCUUUCAGUAUUUAUUUAGUAUUGACUACUGAAAGAUCUGACCG